ACAUCUAUUAUAUUUGUAUAGAAUUAUAUAGUGAUAUUAACUGUUCUUGAAUGAAAACUCAUAUAAUGGCAUCUUCUCGAAUUACUACUAUGAUUUAUUUGAUAUGUUUGAGUGGAUUGUUAAUAAGUGGAGCUUUUGGACAGGACGCAGAAACUGAUACGCCAGCAGGGACAGAAAUUGCUACAUCAACAUCUACUUUGGCACCUGCAGCAUCUACUUCAACUGUAUCUCCAACAUCAACCAUUGCACCGACUCCAGCCACGGAGUCUCCUACAUCAUCCUCAACUUCUACAGUUUCUCCUGCUGACGCUCCAGAAUCACCAGAUGCAACAUCUACAGACACCGCACCACCUAGUAGUACCACUGAUGCAAGUGUUCCAGAAAGUCCAACACAAAGCACAAGUAAUACUUCUGAUACAGGUGGGGAUGCAACUUCCGUAGCAGCGGCACCAAUAGCACCAUCACAGAAUGGGUUUGAUUUGGGAAGUUUUUUUGGAGGCUUCAUUCUUUGUGCUGCCCUAGUUGCAAUCACGUACUUCGGAUGCAAAGUUUUCCGAACGAAGAAACCAGACUACAGUACCUUGUAAAGAGCGCCUUUGUCUCAUCAGGUGCAUCAAAAUGAACAUAGUCACCCUGUGUAUAACUGAACUAUGAUCGCUUUAAAACUAUAGCUUUAUUCUAUGCUGAACUGACUAGGCAUUGUUGCAAUGGUGAUAUCUGUUUGAAAUAAUUUACAAUAGUUUAGGACCAUCUUGUACAGGGAUGCAACAAACAUAAUGCAGUUUUCGUACCAGGAUAAUUUUCGAAUCUUGCACAAGAAACUUGAAUGUGCUAAGAGCAGAGAUGUUCUCAAAAACUCAAAAUUACUCAAAUCACUAUUUUCUUAUCUGUCAUUGUUGACUUGCUGAACUUUCCCACUGUACCAGUACCAGUGGCGAGUUACCAUGCCAGUUUAAGAUGUUGUUAUAGAAAUACCUGAAUAACUCAAAAUAUUUAAUUAAUAAGGUAACAAAAAAUUCAUUAUUGUUUUGUGAUAAUAGAAACAGAUUCUGGCUAAAAAAUUUCAAUUUCAGACACAUGAACAAAAUUUAGCACCCCCCCCAGCAUAAAUAUGAAAAUCCCAUCCUAUUCAGGUGCUGACUUGUCUGCCGAUUAUAUCUUGAAUGUUUGCCGUCCACGGUCCACCCCACUACUGCUUUUGUUGGAUAAUUAAGCAUUGUUUGUUGCAUCUCAUUUUAUUUUUAUUCUCGUUCUGUAGCAUAUUGUUAUAAUAUUUGCUUCUUUUGCAGUGUGGCUUGGUUUUUUUAUUUCAAAUUUCUGUAGUAUAUUCUUCUGAUACAUGGUCGUAUAUGGCCGGUGAUGAACUUCGCCAUACAGGUACAACACAUACCUGUCCCAUCUUUGAUAAAGGAAAAUUUAAAACCGGACUUUGUAAAUCACUAUCCUUGUUAGUUCAAAAAAAAGUUUUUGGUGAUUUAUCCAUUUCUCGCACAAUUCUUGAUAUUUUGCUUUUUAGAAGUAAACCUCCAUGUAUUUGCACAUUGAUAAGUUGUACUUCGAGCACUGAGCACAAAUUCAUCUUAAGUCACAAACUCACAUUACCUCUUUUUUGGGUUAAAAAUAGUCGAAAACACACACUGACCAACUAUCUUGUAUAUUAUUGUGUCUGAUUCGAUAUCGUAUUUUUUUUUUUUUCUGUAAUUUCGUUUGUUAUGUUUUUAUUUCGGUGUAGCAGGCGAGGGCUAACUGUUUUGACGUACAGUAUCACUAUAUUCUUUGGUGAAAGUGAAGGAUGCACAAUACUAUUUAUUUAUCCUGUAAUAUCCUUAUGUAUGUUCCUCUGUUUCCAAAAAAUAAAGAAAAUAUAAAGCUAACUCUAUCUCUGAGAAAAAAAAUUACUUUUCUGCAUCUGCCAUUGUAACUGAGAUAUCUAAUUUGCUAACAAUUCACAAUAUUACUAAUCGAAAAAUUCCGGUGGAGUUGCAAUAUAUUAAAAUAAAAUAAUAUUACUGUAUGUGAAAUGGCUUUGUAAAUAAUUCAUGAUACUAAUCUUUUUGGUGUACUUUGUAUAGUCUUCUGUAUAUAAUUGGGAAGGUCUUUCUUUAUGGUACAAAUAUUAAUCCCAAUUAUUGCUUAAUUAAGCAUAUGUAUAUCAAAUUAACAUAGUCGCUCUUGAUAGGAUACAACUGCAGUCUGCUUGAAUUAUUAAGUAUUGAACCCCAUGUUCUCAUCAAGAAAUUGUCAUCAUUUAAUUAUCUAAUUUUUACUAAACUUUACGUUCAGUUGAAUUUAUCCAUUGUUUGGUUAAACAUGAAACAUUCUGAUUUUAUUUUAAUUUUAGCUUAAAUAAGUGUACUUUUGACGAUCAGAACAAAUAUAUCAAAAACGAUAUCAAAAACUUAAAAUAAGAAAAACAGCAAUUUUUGUUCAAUUGCUUCACAGGUCUUGUUGAAGAUUUGUUCUUUAAAUGAUGACAUCGAAAAUCUUUCCCAAGGUGAGCUUGUUUCCGACCAACUAGCUAUUAGCUAUUCCUUAUGUUUGUGGCUUUAUUCAUCUUUAUAUGACAUCUAUUUAUUAACUUAGUAAGGUGCGUAUAAUGUAGUAUAUUUAGCUCUAUCAUUACCCGUAAUUCACAUUUAAAAUGUUUGUGUGAAACUAUUAUCUUGUGUAUUUUAGUAUCUCAAAUAAAUGUUUCACCAAA